AUGGCCACAGCUGCCACCUUCACUGAAUACAGCUUUGCUCAGUUCGCUGAGAUCCGUAAUCGCAAAGAGCUGUGUGAUUUUGCCUUCGAGGUGGAUGGAAAAUCCUACUUUGCACACAAAGUUGUUUUGGCUGCCUCAAUACCCUACUUCGAGCAGCUGUUUGAUGGCAGCGGUUGUCACGACGACGACGAGGACAAUUCCGCCGCACCAAUUUCACCCUCGAAUGAGGUACUUGAGACCCUUCUUACCUUUGCGUACUCCGGCCUCAAACCGGAAGCCAGUGCUGUGGCAACCGAGAACUUCCUACCGCCGAUGGUUGGUGAUGCAGACCUGGAGGCUCUCCUUCAGCAACGUGAGUUACUUGAGACCCUUCUCACCUUUGCGUACUCCGGUCUCAAGCCGGAAGCCAGUGCUGUGGCAACCGAGGACUUCCUGCCGUCAAUGGUUGGUAAUACAGACCUGGAGGCUCUCCUUCAGCAACGGUUUGCUAAAUUUGACCACUUUCGCCGUUCGGAAAAGCUGUGUGAUUUCACCUUCAUGAUCAAGGAUACGGUAUUUUCAGCACACAAAAUCAUCCUGGCGACCUCCAUCCCCCUUUUUGCCGACCUCUUCUUGAGGCCUGACCAGUCAAAUGUUCUCGACUAUACUGUCCUCAAUCGUCUCUCCCCGAGAGCCGUACGCACACUUUUGCAGUUUGCUUACUCAGGCGAGUUCAAUCCCACGUCGGCGAUGCAGGAGGAGGAGGGGAAUGACCUGCGGGGGGUUAUUUUAGCAGCGAAACUAUUCCAAGUGCAGAAACUGGAAGAAAUGUGCUUGGACUUCCUACGCCAACGAUUGAACGCUGACGUUGUGCAACAGUACUGGCCAUUUGCCCAUGCAAAUGACCUCUUCGAGUUGCAGGAAAUGUUGAAGUCCUACAUGUGCGCCAAUUUUCAAGAAUUUAUUGGCACCCAAGCCUUUCUAGCUCUUAAAACGGCCGAAUUGGAAGACUUGCUAGUCCGAGACGACUUAUCAGUCACUAGCGAGGAUGAUGUUUUCCGGGCUAUUGUCAGCUGGGUGGACAAUGCAGGAACUUAUCGACCCUCAUCAACGCGGAACAUUGCCAGUACUGGACGUGCUGAAGCUUUUCCAAGACUCUUUUCUCGCCUUCGUAUUUGUAAGCUCUCAGAGGACUGUAGAGAGCAGAUCCUGUCUCAUCCCCUCUGCAAGGCACAUUUCGAUUGCGCGUAA